CUUUUGUCUCAUAGCUUUUGUUCUCUCUUCGCUCUCGCUCUCUCUCUCUCUCUCCCCACAGAGAAAGAUCCAUGGCGGAAGAAAAAUCCCAACCAAAAUGGGAAGGCUCGUCCACGGCGGAGAUAAGGCCCUUCACGGCGGCCCAAGUGUGGCCGCUCCUGGCGGAUGACUUCUGCAGCCUCCAUAAGUGGCUACCCGGCAUAGACACCUGCCGCUGGGUCGAGGGGACUCCCGGACAGCCCGGACUGACCCGUUACUGCGCCGACUCGUCGACUUCCAAGUGGGCUAAUGAGAAGCUGAUCGCCAUCGAUGCUCAGGAAAUGUGUUACAGCUACGAGGUCACCGACAACAAUAUCGGGUUCCGGUCCUACGUCGCGACCAUCCGAGUUUCACCAUUGACCGAAGGAGCUGGGUGCAAGGUUGAGUGGUCUUUCACGGUGGAACCCGUGGAGGAGUGGAAGCUGGAAGAUAUGAGGGCUUUCAUUGAGUCCGGCCUCCACGGCAUGGCCCGCAAUCUGGAGACUGCCCUUAAAUCGCAAGAAACUGCUUGAUUGAUGAUAAUCGCUCGACUUUAUUUUUCUUGUUAUUGUGAUUAUCAUCAUCAUCUAUUGAGAACUGGUAAUAUGAAUGAAUACAUCUAUGCUAUAUUAUUAAUAAAAGUAUUAUAGUAUGAUCAUUUUGUUUU